CAAUGGCCAGCCGGGCGCUUCCCGAGCGGCCUCUCGCUCUGGCCGGGCGCGACGUCGGGGAGGUGAGUCAGCUCCGGCGGGCGGCUGCUCCGGGGCCAGCCGGAAUGGCCGCUGCUGCGAGCGCCUCCUCCGCCAACCGGCCGCCCGACGAGCAGCAGCAGCGGGAGCCGCCGCCGCCGCCGCCGCUUCCACCCGCCGCGGCUGCUGCUGCAAAGAAGCGGGGCGGAGACUCGCGGCGGAGGCAGGCCGCCCUCCUCUUCCUCAACAACAUCUCCCUCGACGGGCGGCCGCCCUGCCUGGCCUCGGAGCAGCAAUUGCAGCCAUUGCAGCCGCCCUCCUCCUCCUCUGCCCCGGCCCCCGCGGAGGAGCAGCCGCCGCCGCCGCCGCCGCCGGACGAGGAUGCCACCCCCGCCGCCGCCGACCCGGCCGCCCGCCUCCUCCUGGUCCCCAACGGGCGCCCCCCGCAGGGGCUUCUGCUGCCCCCGGCCGCCGUCAAGCUGGACCCUUCGCGGGGCCUGGCCGCCGCCGCCAUCCUGCCCCAGUUGCUGCUGAGCAGCCCCGCCACGUCGGCCGCCUCCCCCGCCGCCCUGGCAGGGGUCCUGGGGGUCGCCCCCAAGCCGGGCCCCGCGCCCCAGGGGCUGCUGAGCCCCACCCCGAGCAGUGCCGCCGGAGGAGCCUUCCCUUUGGAAGUCCAGAGGCAAAGAACCAAGCACGUAUCUGGCUCGCCGAGACACAAAGGCUUGAAGAAGGUGCAUUUUAUCAAGAACAUGAGGCAGUACGACACAAAGAACAGCAGGAUAGUACUAAUUUGUGCCAAGCGAACUCUGUGUGUGGCUUUUUCUAUCCUGCCUUAUGGGGAGAGUUUACGGAUCAGUGAACUGAAAAUAGAGGGACCCAAGCAGAGACAUCCGUCCGGCGGAGUUUCCGUGACUUCAGAGAUGGUGCUAGGAAUGGAAGGGGUUGAGGUCGGAGCAGAUGGUAAGAUUGUGUCCUAUGCAAAGUUCUUGUAUCCUACCAACGCUCUCGUUGGCCGUAAGACCGAUGUCCACAACGCCAUUCCCUUGUGCCGGGCUGGUGUUCCACGGAGCGUAGGGGGAUCGAGGCACAAAACCACCACAGCCAAAACGAUAUCCUCAGCGGCAGAUAUUGGAAAUGAAGUCGGCGAGUUAGCCGAGUACAACCCCAAUCUCCUCGAUGACCCCCAGUGGCCAUGUGGGAAGCAUAAGCGGGUCCUCAUCUUUGCUUCAUACAUGACCACAGUCAUAGAAUAUGUGAAACCCUCAGACCUUAAGAAGGAUAUGAAUGAAACCUUCAAAGAGAAGUUUCCUCACAUCAAGCUGACCCUGAGCAAAAUCAGAAGUUUAAAGCGCGAGAUGCGGAACCUGAGCAUGGAAUGCAACCUGGAGCCGGUGACUGUCUCCAUGGCUUAUGUUUACUUCGAGAAGCUUGUUCUCCAAGGCAAACUCAAUAAACAGAACCGAAAACUGUGUGCCGGAGCUUGCGUGCUCCUUGCAGCCAAGAUUAGCAGUGAUCUCAGGAAACAUGAAGUCAAACACCUUAUUGACAAGCUAGAAGAGAGGUUUCGAUUCAACAGACGAGAUCUCCUUGGAUUUGAAUUCACGGUACUCGUUGCUUUGGAACUAGCUCUCUACCUUCCCGAAAAUCAAGUCUUACCUCACUUCCGGCGCCUCGCGCAGCAAUCGUAGCAAAAGCGACCUACUAGCCAAACGCUAGUGCUCUCUUGCUGAGUUUUGGUGUUGACUGCUAGUCUUUUCAGUGGCACAAUAUCUGACUAAGUCGCAAAUGUGGCUGGUUGUGAAGACUACAGCGAGGUGCCUGCGGAGCUACCAGAAAACAAGUGGACCAUACAGCUUUUCUGUGUGGAAAGUGACCAAAAAGAACCUUUGCGCUUUGAAGCACAAACGAUUCUUACCCAGUUGCCGCCAGAGCUGCUGGGCAUACUAUAUAGACUUUUUCCCCCCAGGUUUUUACUUAGCUCUUCCUUCUGAGCAUCGAUUGCUAUGUUGCUUCCCCCUCCUCCUUGAAAACUCGGUCGUCGGUUUCUUCUUCGAACCCGAAGAACAACAUUCGCUUCCAUUCCAAACCCGCAUCUCUUUCAAAUUGUAUUACCGAGAACUUCAUACCAUUUAAAUCAUAAAGCGCACCUUUUAAAUCAUACCGUUUUGGGGAGGGGAGGAAAAGACGUGCCUAGGUCUGGGCUGGUACCAGUCUUGUGUGUCUGUUCUUUUGAAAACAGAUGUUACGUUGCUUAGUGGAGAAUUCUCAAAUGUAUUGCUUGCCUUGUUUUUAACACGCCCAUUAAGGGAAAACGAUUCCAGUGUGUCCACACGAGCACUUCCAGAGGGGAUGUAUGUUCUAGAAUAAUGUUUGUUCUACGUAGAUCAUGAAUGAAGGGGUUGGUGUGUGUUUUUUGUUGAUCGAAACCUUUCUCAAACGUUGCACUUGUUGAACGAGGCAGCGACAACAAAGCAAUUCCCCUAUUAAACUUGUCCUUGAGUCGGGAGCUGAACGUGGCUGGUUGAAAAUGGUAAUCUUAUUUUGUAGCUGCUUCCUGUAACCUGAAAUGAAGAACUGUUUUAUUUAUAACAAUGUAUUUCAUGUAUUGUCUUUCCUGAGCGUGCUUGACUCAAGCGUUUCAGCCGGUACAGCUGUCGUUAUCUAAAUUAAGCCAAUGAAACUGAGCGUGUCUGACUUUUUUUUAAAAAAGAAAUGCUCUUUUUUUAAACUUGGACUUCUAGACUUUUUGCCACUGUGAUGAUCCUUAUUGAACCUGACCUUUAUUGUACUUUCAAAUCACCAUAUUCUAAGAGGUUACAUAUCUAGCGCAGUGAUGUUCGUACAGAGAGUAUAACUUCUGUCACCUUUAGCUACAUAUUUUGGCCUAUCCGCAAGUUAAGAUGUGACCUUCCAUUUUCUGAAUCUGUAGCAGAAGAGUUGGUGGGGUGUUGGGUUUCUUUUCUAAGCAAUAGUGUGGUUCACAUCAAUGUGUCUUUUGUAUGUGCAUAGAUAUAGAUAUAUAGAUAUAUAUCGUUUGCCAGGGAACAAAAUUACUACUUGGGUGUUUUGACUGAGAAGUUUUUAUUAACUGUGACUUUGGCCAAUUCUAUAUAAGAUAUAGAACAAGGAGACAGAUGUCUGGACUGUGACUUUGCAGGAACAGAAGCCAUAUUUUUGAAUGCUUUACCACAGAUGUAGUAAAACAGAAAUCAGAUCAACACUGUUCCUUGAUCUGCAAAUUUUCAUACAUGCAGGGAGUUCUUUCCAAAGGGGAACGCUCAAAAAUAUGACCCGUCACCUGCAGUGUGUUCAGAAUUCUGGCACCUUAUUCUGAGUUACGUAGAAGUCAGUGUCUAGAAACCACACCUCGAUAGAAUUAAGAGGGCCUCUUGUCUUCUAGCAUGCCAUAUAUUCUGGAUCCUGGGCAGGGGGCGUAUCUGCCUGGGGACAUGUGGUAACCCAUGUCCCCUGGCGCAACUAAUCUGGCCACGUGCGGCGCAAAAUCAGCCCCCCACAUGGCCAGAUGCCUUCCACCGCAAAGACGACAAGGCAGCAGGAAGUCCUGCUGCCUCGUCGUCUUCGGGCUCCCUUGGCCCUGCCCACGUCAUAAGCGGGGCUAUGUGGGGGCAGGGCUACGUGACCCGUUGGGGGGGGCUCCCGGAGGAGGUGUUGUCCCUGGGCGCCAUUUCCCCCCCAUAUGCCUCUGAUCCUGGGGGAAGGAGAUCACUAAUUGGUGCUAGAAGAAUCUGAAAGGAAGAAGGGAACAUAUGAACUUAUGCAUGCAUUAUCAGUGUAGGAGUCUUAAACUUAAAAGAACUGCCUUGAUGUUUUGGUUUUCAUCUUUCUGGUCACCUAUGCAUAAAUGUAAAACUUUAACUUUUUAAAAUAAGGCCAUGCCGACUCCAUUGAAUGAAUACAAGUAUUGUUAAAAAUUACUGUCUAACCAUGGAUUGACUAUUAGUACAUGUAAUUGCAGUAGCACCAGUCAAAUAGCAGUUGUAACAUCCUGUAAGUUAUUAACGAUGGUGUUGCUGUUCCUCACGUGAGAAGUGAUGUAUUUAUUUCUGAGCAGAUAUUUUACAAUGCAGAGCGUUCCUAUUUCUAUAUGAGCCAAGUUUGGACAUUAUUUCCUGGGGAACUGAAACAUUUAAUUCCUCAUAUGAAUAUUUUGAACUCACAGAAAGUGUGAAUUCUCUUCAUCUGUCUGCCAAGUUCCAAACAACAUAAAUACAAUUGACAAUUGACAACAGUAUUACAGCACUGUUUCCAACUGAAUCUCUUCCGGUUAACCAUCACCUUGUUUAAGUUGUAUAAAAUGAGUGGAAAUUUUACUUCUGUAUUGUCGAAGGCUUUCAUGGCCGGAAUCACUU